GUCCGUGCAUUUUCGCGCGUCCGGCCAUAGGCGCAGGGACGCGUCACGCCGCGAGCAUAUCAAUCGCACCAGAAAGCAAAAGUCUGGGUUACGUUGACAGAACCGGCAGCUGACUUGCUUCUACCCAGUCCUGGAUUUUAUAAUAUACCUAUAGGUACUCAGAGGAGCAGUGCCAGAAGAGCAGCGUUGCGAACUUGCGAGGGGACGUUUAGAAAGUUGGUGGCGCAUGCCUGACGCACAGCAGUCUGAGCAGAGGCGCUAGAAUUGGGUGCUGUCUCACCCCCCAAGAGAAGAAGAAUCAAGCCUUCCACUAAUCAGGAACGUCACAUCUUUUUAAGCUUUGUAUUGCUGCAACUGAACGCACCCUCGUGAGUACACAGCCAUGGCGGCCGCCUUACAGGUGGCAGCGGGCGCGCGGUGCUUCUUGCCGAGCAUCGGCCGCUCUGCCGCCAGCCUUCAAAACGUCCACAGCACGCUUCCUCUCUUACCUUCACACGUCAGAAAUGCUCCCCGGACUUCAAAACCCUCCGGUGCUCGGCCUACUAGGAUGAACGGCGUUCGGGCGGGUGGGGGUGACUAUGCUGGUAACAGUAUAGUGUGGCCAACCGCCGAGCUGCAGCUGCCGUAUGCGAGCGAAGUGGAGCAGCAGGAGCGGCCGCCCGGCCUGGUUGAUUUGGACCCACAGAACAUGCUGCUCCGGCAGAGAAUUGUGUUCCUGGGAGGGCCGGUCGAUGACAACUCUGCUGAUGUCCUCGUCAGCCAGCUGCUUCUUCUGAACGCCAAUGAUCCUACCGCUGACAUCAAGAUGUUCAUCAACUCCCCUGGAGGGUCGGUCACCGCCGGCAUGGGCAUCUACGACGCGAUGCAGCUGUGCAGCUGCGACAUCUCCACCAUCUGCUUCGGCCUCGCCGCCUCCAUGGGCGCAUUCCUCCUCAGCUCCGGCACCAAGGGCAAGCGCUACGCCAUGCCCAACGCGCGCAUCAUGAUCCAUCAGCCCCUCGGGGGGGGGCGCGGAUCGGCGAUCGACUUUGCCAUCCAGGCGCAGGAGAUCAUCUACCACCGGGACAACUUGAACCGGGUGUUGUCGCUCAACACGGGGAAGCCGGCGUCCCAGAUUGAGAUCGACUGCGACCGAGACAACUUUAUGGAUCCUCAAGAGGCCAAGGAGUAUGGACUCAUUGACGACGUUAUUGAUGUGCCGGGCAUCGUUGCGCCCGAGUGGGUGUUGGCCGAGCCACCGAAGACGAGAAUCAACGAGUACUGGACUGUGCGAAAGCGGAAGGACAUACAAGUUGCUCCGAAAAAGGAUAGGAAGAGGAUCACACGGCAGGUAUGAGUUGGAUUGUGAUCUGUCGUGUGACUGCAGGCCAACCAAGGGCCGGCGCAGUGAACAAUCUCAUAAACUAUAUCGGUCAAACAAUGUAUCUCAUGGAAUGCGCGACAUGCUUCGAUUUGGCAUCUUUAUUGAAUUAGGGGACCAGGUUUUUCAACUAUGUGUCGCAACUGGUCUUGAUCAUCGAGGCCUUCGUGUCAAAGAGUAUGCUUAAAUGGCGUGUUCAGACAAUCAAAACCUUGGGUAAGAGUAAUUGUUCAAGCCCGACCAAUCUGCA